CUCGCGCGCAUUUUCGAAAUUGGAUCGUGCAUGACGGACGCGACGGUGGACGAAGAAAUGACAUUGAUGCAGACGCCGGAGGCUGAAGACAAGGAGAUGGAGAGGCAGAUGCGAGACCUCGAAACGUACAAGGAAGAAAUCGAGUUCUGGGCACAAGAAUGCGUGAAAAUGGAAACACAAAGAGUCGUGGUUUGCGCAUACGUCCGAGUUACCCUCACCCCUUCGAUUUUGUAGAUGCAAAGUCAACGCAUGCACCAGGAACUUCAAGCGGAAGUCCGCGUCAUCGUCGAACAGAUCAACUAUAUCAAUGCAGAGCUCAUCAAGGAAACGAAUAUCGUCGACUUGCUAAAGCAGGAGUACUCGCAGCAACGUUCCAAGUUGCUGGAUCUUGUUCCAGCCAGCACUUCCGAUGUGGACCAUCUUGCAGAAGUGAUACUACAUUUGGCGAAUCGGCCAAAAUUGCUCCAUCAAGAGCUUGAUCAAAUCAGACGUCACAAGAAUGAUUUGCAACAACAAGUAAAGUUGAUACUGACUAAGUUUCUAAACUUGCUCCAGAUUCUACUGCAAGACAAGAACAUCAAUGCGCUCGAGAGACUGAGUCUCGGCCAGGCAAGCCGCGUGGAAUCGUUGGAAAAGGAUAUCGUCGAACUAGAAGGCAUUCUUUAUGACACGGAAGUGGAAACGCGCCAGCUGCGGGAGUCGUACAAAUUGUUGAUGCACCAAAUUCAUCAUCACCGUGAGCAGGUUCCAAAGCCGCACCGAGACCAUCGAACGUCUCCAAUAGAUGAAGCAUCUCAUGAAUGUGUCCAUCGUAGGACUAAAUGCGUGUUGCUUCAGGAAUAUUUUAUGCAAUAUGUUUAUAGCGAUCGCGGAGUUGGUACCAGAGGUCGAAUCUAUCCCACAUUCCAAGCCGCACCGCAACAUUAAGGACAAAUUCAACCAAACGGCGGCAGAUCUCAUCCAGUCGUUCCAGAAGCGUCGUUGUGGCAACACGAGCAUGUCGUCCAAACGCCAAAAGACUGCGCGCGUAUGAUGGAUUGGCUUUCAAUUGGAAAGGUGACGUUACAACAACUAAUUCUUGCGGCGUGUCAUGUGGUCGUAAAUGACCACUUGCAUGUAUUCGUUCGUCUUGAUUUCGGUGCGCGUCGAGUUGUCGCCGGGGUUGGCUUUGGGGUCAACAUUAAUCACUUUCCG